AUGCGCAUUCUCGUCAUUAUAAGUGCCGUUUUACAGGCGGCAUAUGUCGUCGCGGAUCAGCCGUACGCUCUGCGGCUCAUGGAUGCGACUCCGGGCAUGGCAAUUGACCAGCCGUCACCGCGAUUCGCGUGGGCAUCAUCUUUUGAGCAGAGGGGAUCAACUCAGUCGGCAUACCAGAUACAAGUGAUAGACGCGAAAAAUCACGCAGCAUGGGACUCGGGUCGAGUCCAGUCCGCAGUACAGGGGGGCAUCGACUACACAGGACCCACCCUCAAUUCGUGCAGUGCCUAUACGUGGAGGGUGCGUGUGUGGGAUCAAAGUAGCGAGCCGUCUCAUUGGAGUGCCGCGUACGAGUUUUCCACAGCAUUCUUCAAUGCCUCAGAUUGGAGUGCCGAUGCCAUCUGGAUCAGCGCGCCGCAGAGCCGUGUUGGCCUCGCGGGAAGCAACUGGAUCAGCCCACCAACUGCAUCUUCCAGGACGAUGGUAUCCAGAAAUUUCUCUCUUGCUGGCGAUAGCGUGGUAAGCGCACUUACGACAGUGACCGGUGAGGGCAGCUUUAACCUCACAGUCAACGGACUGGUAGCUAAGCGGUUCAACGGCACGUGGGAGGACGGUGUGGUGGACCUGGAUCUAAAGAAAUUCCUCCAGAAAGGAUCAAACAUCAUUUCCAUUUCAGCUCCAUCAUGCGCCCCAGCCGUGGUCCUGCGGAUGGAGAUACGAAAAUCCGACGAAUCCUGGCUUCUUGUGGUAACAGAUAACACCUGGUUUGAUGAGGAAGGCGAGAGUGUCACUAUCCUAGGCGACUACACGCAAUCUUCCUUCGCGGGCAUCGGGAUCCUUAAGAAGAACGGUGCCGUCAAUGACCAGCCUUCAUCCUUUCGCAAGGAAUUCAUUGCUAAAAAGGGCGUAAGAGUUAGCCGUGCAACGCUGUACAUCGCUGGCCUUGGCCACUUCAUUGCUUACCUCAAUGGCCAGCGAAUCGGAGCCAACAUCAUCGACCCGGGAUGGAGCAACUAUGACGACAGGGUAUACUACGUGACGCUGGAUGCGACGGAGCUCAUUCACCCAGGUCUACAGAACGUGUUAGGUGUUCAGCUUGGAAAUGGCUGGUUCGAUUACCAAACAAUGCAUAUAUCAGAGCGCUGGGGCUGGGGCGAGUCUGCAGUAUUUAUCCGGAAUUGGGGAGUCAUGCGUAUGUUUGCGCAGCUCAAUAUCGAAUAUGAGGAUGGCACGGAGCAAAAAGUGGUCAGCGAUCCCGGCUGGACCACAGCUGCAAGCCCCUGGUCGCUGACUACGGCCCACGGCUCUGAAUGUUAUGACGCCAGAAUGGAGCAGCCUGGGUGGAAUAUGGCCGCGUUCAACGACUCAGCCUGGAAACCUGCGAACAUCAUCGAAGGGCCUCCUGGGCAGUUACAGGCUCAACAGACGGCGCCGCUUCGAGUGCAAAAUACGCUCCAAGGAACAGUGAUAAUGGAGGGUUCUGAUUUUGUCAUCUUCGACUUGGGCAUCAAUAUCAAUGGACAACAAGAGAUCACAAUUUAUGGACCGCGCAAUGCCACCGUCACUAUCAUCGGAGGGGAACGGAUCGACAGUAAUGGCCAUGUGCAGGCAAUCGGAGACUCCAAACAGGACCCUGCCUCCGCAGAAUACACGACGUUCUCCACGUUCACUCUAAGCGGAAACGGGAACGAGACCUGGCGACAAAGCUUUUCCACCUCGGGGUUUCGAUAUAUUGAAGUACAGGAAGCAAGGUCAAAUGCGGUGGUGGGUGGUCAGGCCGACCUGCCCGUCGUGCUGGGCGCCAGGGGUUAUUUUGUCCACAGUGACGUACCCUUGGCAGGGUCAUUCAACUCCUCUAACACCAAGUACAACGCGAUCUAUGAUAUAGUUCAGCGCACAAUGCUGAGCAAUCUCGUGUCCAUUCACACGGAUUGUCCCACCUACGAGAAGCUAGGGUGGCAAGAAGUGGUGUCUAAUCUCGCAUCAUCCUACUCAUACAUUCGAGAUGUCCGGAAUUACUAUUCUGUCUUGAUGACCCAUGUCCGCGAUAGCCAGCUCGAAGAUGGCCUCGUGCCGGACAUUGUUCCUGCCUAUACCGCAGGGAAGGACGCCUACAAUGAUGCCCCGGAAUGGGGCACGGUGAUCAUCAAUGCACCGUGGGAGCUUUACCAGAUGUACGGGGACCCGACCGUCCUGAAGGACAACUACGAUGCCAUGAAGAAGUACUACGCCUAUCUUAAGAGCAGGGCAGGAGACAAUCUGAUCACUUACGGCUUGGGUGACUGGGUCGCGCCAGCGAAUGUUCAGGUCGACAACGUGGCUGGCGCCGUUUAUGUAAGAAGCGCUAAACAAUUGGCGCAAAUUGCGUACAUUUUAGGGGAGAUUGCCGAUGCCCAGGCAUUCCAGUCUGACUUCAACGAGACCCGGCAGGCAUACAACAAGGCCUAUCUUAGCACGGGGAAUUGCAGUUACAUCCCGAACACGCAGGCUGAUCAAGGCCUGCCACUGGCUUUUGGAAUUAUCCCGGACACCCAGCUUGACUGUGGCUUGUCUGUUCUAGUCUCCACAGUCACUGAUGGUGGAUACCUAGCAGGCCAGGACAUCGGGUUCGGCCCAAAUCUCCCUAAUCAUACCACCAUGGGCGACAUCUCCAUUGGUUACGUACUGCGCGCUCUCAGUGAUCUCGGACGCCCUGAUAUCGUUGAGAACAUGAUGCUUCAAUCUACUCUCCCUGCUUACUGGGCAUUGGUCGCCGACGGUCAGACCUCCUUGCCAGAGAACUGGGACUACACUAUUGCACGCUCUUUAAACCACGAUAUGUUCGCUAGUAUUAUGGAGUGGUUCUACAGGACCGUCGCUGGUAUCAAGCCGCUGGAGCCGGGUUUCGCCAGCGUCGCAAUCAAGCCCGCAGUCCACCAACUAUCACUCACCGAGGUGGAGGCCACGUACCGGAGCAUCCGCGGUGACAUUAGCGUCCAGUGGGAGAAGACUGCCUCCGGCGACGCUCGAAUCUCCGUGAAGAUCCCCGGAAACACCGUGGGGUUGGUGUAUAUCCCGUCAGGCAAAUUCUCACCGCGCGAUGCAGCUCACUUUAGCAGCGAUCAGGGAUUGAGGUCAGUUAAGCAGGAUGGGGAUUACGUGGUAGUGGAGAUCGGGUCUGGGAAUUAUACUUUCGAUUUCGACCUUUAA